CAGCAUAUUCCUCCCUCUUUGACGUUCUCGCGAGAUAUCCCGAGAGGAUGAGUUGAGGGAACAUGGCGGCGCCGUCUAAUUUGCUGAAGAACAAAGGCUCCCUCCAGUUUGAGGACAAAUGGGACCUGAUGCGGCCCAUCGUGCUGAAGCUGCUGCGGCAGGAGGCCGUCACCAAGCAGCAGUGGUUUGACCUCUUCUCAGACGUCCACGCUGUCUGCCUGUGGGAUGACAAAGGUCCCGCCAAGAUCCACCAGGCCCUCAAAGAGGACAUCUUAGAUUUCAUCAAACAAGCCCAAGCACGGGUCCUGAGUCACCAGGACGACACGGCGCUGCUGAAGGCCUACAUCGUGGAGUGGAGGAAGUUCUUCACGCAGUGCGACAUCCUGCCCAAGCCCUUCUGCCAGCUGGAGAUCACGCUGAUGGGCAAGCAGGGGAGCAACAAGAAGUCCAGCGUGGAGGACAGCAUCGUCCGGAAGCUCAUGCUGGACACGUGGAACGAGUCCAUCUUCUCCAACAUCAAGAACCGGCUUCAGGACAGCGCCAUGAAGCUGGUCCACGCCGAGAGGCUGGGGGAGGCCUUCGACUCCCAGCUGGUCAUCGGGGUGCGAGAGUCCUACGUGAACCUGUGCUCCAACCCGGAGGACAAGCUGCAGAUCUACCGGGACAACUUUGAGAAGGCCUACAUGGACUCCACAGAGAGGUUCUACAGAACCCAGGCGCCGUCGUACCUCCAGCAGAACGGCGUCCAGAACUUCAUGAAAUACGCGGAUUCAAAGCUGAGAGAAGAGGAGAAACGCGCUCUGAGGUACCUGGAGACGAGGCGCGACUGCAACUCCGUCCAGGCUCUGAUGGAGUGCUGCGUGAACGCUUUGGUGACGUCGUUCAAGGAGACCAUCUUAGCCGAGUGUCCGGGGAUGAUCAAACGAAACGAGACCGACAGGCUACACCUGAUGUUCUCCCUGAUGGACAAAGUUCCCAGCGGCAUCGACCCGAUGCUGAAGGACCUGGAGGACCACAUCAUGAGCGCCGGCCUGGCCGACAUGGUGGCUUCGGCCGAGACCAUCACCUCUGACUCAGAGAAGUACGUGGAGCAGCUGCUGACCCUGUUUAACCGCUUCAGUCGGCUGGUGAAGGAGGCGUUUCAGGACGACCCGCGCUUCCUCACCGCCAGAGACAAGGCCUAUAAAGCCGUAGUUAAUGAUGCAACCAUAUUUAAACUAGAGCUUCCCAUGAAACAGAAAGGGGUGGGGAUGAAAACCCAGCCAGAGUCCAAGUGUCCAGAGCUGCUGGCCAACUACUGCGACAUGCUGCUGAGGAAGACGCCGCUGAGCAAGAAGCUCACCUCCGAGGAGAUCGAGGCCAAACUAAAGGAAGUGCUCCUGGUUCUGAAGUACGUCCAGAACAAAGACGUGUUCAUGCGGUACCACAAGGCCCACCUGACCCGUCGCCUCAUCCUGGACAUCUCAGCCGACAGCGAGAUCGAGGAGAACAUGGUGGAGUGGCUGCGGGAAGUGGGGAUGCCUGCGGACUACGUCAACAAGCUGGCCCGCAUGUUCCAGGACAUCAAAGUGUCCGAGGAUCUCAACCAGUCGUUCAAGGAAAUGCACAAACACAACAAGCUGGCCCUGCCAGCGGACUCGGUCAACAUCAAGAUCCUGAACGCCGGGGCGUGGUCCAGGAGCAGCGAGAAGGUGUUUGUGUCUCUGCCCACCGAGCUGGAGGACCUGAUCCCUGAGGUGGAAGACUUCUACAAGAAGAACCACAGCGGCAGGAAGCUCCACUGGCAUCACCUCAUGUCCAACGGCAUCAUAACCUUUAAGAACGAGGUGGGCCAGUACGACCUGGAGGUGACGACGUUCCAGCUGGCCGUGCUGUUCGCCUGGAACCAGCGGCCGAGGGAACGGAUCAGCUUCGAGAACCUGAAGCUCGCCACGGAGCUGCCCGACGCCGAGCUGCGGCGAACUCUCUGGUCUCUGGUGGCGUUCCCCAAGCUCAAGCGUCAGGUUCUGUCGUACGACCCGGCGGUGUCUUCGCCCAAAGACUUCGCCGAAGGAACCUUGUUCUACGUCAACCAGGAGUUCUCUCUAAUAAAAAACUCCAAGGUCCAGAAGCGAGGGAAGAUCAACCUGAUUGGCCGUCUGCAGCUGACCACGGAGCGCAUGAGGGAGGAGGAGAACGAAGGCAUCGUGCAGCUCCGGAUCCUCAGAACCCAGGAGGCCAUCAUCCAGAUCAUGAAGAUGAGGAAGCGCAUCAACAACGCGCAGCUGCAGACGGAGCUGGUGGAGAUCCUGAAGAACAUGUUCCUGCCGCAGAAGAAGAUGAUCAAGGAGCAGAUCGAGUGGCUCAUCGACCACAAGUACAUCAAGCGUGACGAGACCGACAUCAACACCUUCAUCUACAUGGCGUAGCGCCGCCGACCCGCCGGGCCGGGCCGGGCCCGACCGACACCAGAACUUUCUGCUCCGCCGACAGGAGCCGUCUCUGAGCGGGGAGCCUGCAGCUGUCCGGCCGGGUCGGUUCCGCCGCGUUCUGAAUGCCGGGUCGCCACAACCUCUACAGACGCUCCCGGUUCCGGAUCGCACGACGUGGGCGGGCCAGAACCUGCAGAACCUUCUGCGGUCCGACCCAGAUCCAGACCACUUGAACUUGAAACGCCGCCAUGUUUCCUCAGAUGUGAUGCUGCUACGCAACCCGGCCGUCCCGGUUCUGACCCGACUCCUCCGGUUCAGAACAGCUGAUCCGACUCAUCCGUCCGGGUCAUUCCCAGCGUUUAAUGAACACAGACCCUGACCCGGCCCCGGGUACCAGGGACCAGAACCUGAGGCCCGCGAGUCAGAACCUCUGUCUUUGUCUGCCUGCGGACCCAGAACUCCAGAACCCAGGGUGACCCAAACAUGGAGCUGCUGGUCUGGCAGCAGGAACCUGGUUCUGAUUCUUCUCGUUAAAUCAGAAAACCCUGAAUCAGUCGGCGCCGGUCCGGUUAGACGCUUAUUUCUGCUGGUUCUGGUGCAUUCAGAGAAAGUUGAGCCCAUUAAGCCCAGAAAGUGUUCUGUAGAGCCGGACUCAGUUCCGGGUCUGGGUUCCGUCUGCAGGAGUUCUGCUGCAGGAUUAACAGAAACGGAUGUAAAAAAUAUUUAAUUUGUGUUACUGAGACGCAUCAGCGCUGGUUCUGGACCAGAAUGAUGGAAACGGAUCGGGUUUCACAUCCGGUGCCGGCGGCACAUCGCUGAACUGGGUUUGUAAUCGGGUCAAAUAUGGCCGCCACGCCUCCAGCAUGCAGAAAUAAACCGAUUUAUUCAGACGGUACCGCUGGUACCGCUCAGCUCCUGGUAGCCAGGAAAUCCUGCUGGGUCACUGCCAGAACCGGGCUCUGAGGGAAACGGAACCAAGCGUUACGUUGUGGGUUUAAACAGUAAAGGAUCGUUCUACGGUUCUGCAGCAGAAAAAACCCGUUUGGUUCUGCAGGGUUCUGGCAGCCAUUUAGAAUUUGAUCCAAAUCUGGACUUUCCGGUACAACUCGAACGCACCAGAACCUUCUUGAUUUCAGUUAUUUAGAAUCAGCUUUAAUCCUAAUUUAUUCUAGAUUAUCUGCAUUAAUUAACGCCGUUAAAACAGGAAAUCAGGAUCGUUUGGAGAUGAAAAUAAAACAUUGAGGAGCAUCAGAACCGCCGGUUUCUGCUGGACCAGUUUGUCCUGACGGGUCCAAACGUCCCGGACUUGAAGGUUUAAUAUUAAUCCCGCGGAUCAACACAGUACCCGGGGCGGAGCGUUGGGGGUUCGGGUUUGGGACAGAACCCUGGGCUGCUGGAGUCCAGGGAGAAGGGGUCAGAGGUCAGUAUUACAGAACAGUAGAGAAGUCUGAGCUGUGGGGGGUUUUAAUGUGAGAUGUGAAUAAAUAAAUAAACAGCACCUUAUUAUGA